AUGUCCAUACCCUUCAGCCCAGAAGCACUUCUCCUAUUCCACUUUGAAAUCCCACCUCGUCAAAUUAAAUACUCCCUCAUCUACUUCAUGUUGACAGCAGCCAAAAGCACAAUAGUAAACAAGUGGAAAUCAGCGACCCCGCCUACCAAACAAGACUGGUAUGUCAAAAUAGAACAUUUCCAUGAGAUGGAGGAACUGAGAUGGGGAUCCCUAGAUAAGUACCAUAGAUAUCAUGACAUUUGGCAACCAUGCAAACACUUCAUGGGGGAGGGACACAUAAGACUAGGCUAACACAAUACCACAUCGACCCAACGGGGACUCCGCAGAUUAGAUCGGAGAGGGGGUAGAACGAUAGAACAGGGAAUACGGGGGGGAACGGGUGACAGCGCCCUCUCCCCAACGGUUCAAAUGCGACUUACUUAUGGGUUCAAGGGCAGGGCGACCCUUAGACCAAACACGGCACGAACCUUGUGACUUCACAUAGCUUACACAUGGGGUUCGGAGGAGCGGGAUGGUUGCGGGAUAUAAUAGAUGUGCAAAUAUUACUAAUGUAGGCCAAAUAACAAUGUUAUAGAUGAUGUGAUUCAUGUGUGUAACUGCGCGAUGUUGCUAUGCUAUAUGUUAAUAGUUCCUUUUUUCUGUAUUGUAACUCAUUGUUAUAUCUAAACUCUGUACUGUAAUGACACAGGAGUUACAACAAAAAGCCAAUAAAAUAAAAAGCUUGUGAAAGUGAGUUGAUUUUGUGACAAUAAUUUAAAUUUAAAUUCCCCUGUAGUGUUCCAUACAUACAGAGAAAAAAAGUAAUUUUAUCAUUUCCACAGACACAUUGUGUUCAGACAUUCUUUUUAAGAAUUCAGAACAUCAGAUUUUAUUGUGAUGUCACUGACCAGCUGUUCAGAGAACCCAGAUCCUGCUGGUUUUACCAGCAUUUCAUGAGCAUUUCUAAUGCAGUGAGAUACUUUUGAAAAUACCAAGAGUAUGGGAAAUUAUAUAUCUAUAUUUCAAAGCCCCCUGGUCCCACGGCUGUGGGAUAUACAACCACCAUCCAGGAGGGUCAUUACUGAUAAAGAAUGUAUAACACAGCCUUCGAUGAACAGGUUAGUGGAUAGUUGCAGCUGGUAUCACUAUAGAGUUAUGUGGCGGUGGGGGUUUACAUGUAACAGGGUUUAAAAUGAAAGUUGUGACUUUAUUGAUCAUUAGUUUUAUGAUUUUUUUCACUAGGCUCAUUAUGAAAUCAAUGAAUGAUUACUAUAGUAAUUAAAAUUAUAAUGAUCAGAAUACCUAUGUGACUUUAUUAAUCACAUUUUAUUCCUUAAUUAGGAUACAUCGAAAAGAACAUAAACCCCAAAGCAUACCUCUAGGGGGCAAAUGGUGUCCUGGACAGAGCCAUGAAAAAACGGCUUACUGCAGCCACAUGAAGGCUAAACCAUGGACCAAGAGUCUGCUUGAUGACAUAGAUCAGACAAGUGUUUGGAAGCUCAGGUAAAUGUAGCAUGACACACAGAAUGACUGACUAUAACGCUAUAAGGUUAUCUAUACCAACCCACAGUGUCCUCAGUGAACCAGAACCCUACUUCUAACACUCGCUGUCUGUGUAAGCAGGAAGCCAAUGAGAGAAGUAUUGCAGUGAAUAACUUAACUGGUUUCUCUAAAUCAAAGUCACAAAUUGUUUGAGACUACUACUGCAAUAUGACUUUCCAGACAUUGCCUGAUUUAAUUACGGAAUGUAUUUUAGUGUAAACAGAAACUUAUUGUAAAAGAAAUCAUUCAGUAAAAACAACACAACCAAUAUGUGAUCUCUGAAAAGACAGGUGCUACCAUAAUGUUAUUAGAAAUGGAGUAUGAUUGACAGAUAGUGAAGGACAGGGCAUCCGAUGGAGAGUAAGGAUAAGAUGUAUGAUGUGAGGAAGAGAGAGAAAGAGAGAGGAUGGAUUGAUAGAUGGAAAGGAAGAAAAGAACACAACUACUGACAUUAUUUUGUUUUGUAACAAUUUCUUUAUUGAAAGUUUUCUUCACAUAUAAAUAUGUCAGUACAUAGCAAGACUGGUACCAUAAUGUUUUAGCAAAAGUUCAAAAAAUACAAUAAUGUAUUUUCCACUGAGGUGUACAUGUAACAGUGCUUUCUUUCAAAUAUAAUGGAAAGCAAAUCAGAAAUAAUGAGAAAACGGCAAAUUAAACCAUCUAAAUUCAUAAACGCCUGCUAUAGUGUAAAAAUCAUGUCUCCUACUUGCUUCUAUGUUCUCUGAAAUAUAUUCUGGGAAUAUGCAAACUCAAGAACUCUUUGUAUCCCCAUUGUACCUUUUAUCGAUAUCCAUUUGGGCUUAAGAUCUAACUGUAAAGCAAUAAAGUGAAUAGGUGAGAGCAAACACACAGAAUGGUAAAAUACUACCACUUUAAAAUCUUGAAUGGUAAAUGGUAGCUGUCAGAUAUAUAUUGCUGAGCCUAUUCCUGGCAGGCUCAGACUUUCAAGGCUCUUCAAUAUAUACCCUCCGGAUUGCUGCUUACUCCCGAGAACGUGACUUCCAAACUUGCAUAAGUGGAAAAAACACUAUUUAUUGGGCACACAGUGCGAUAUGUAAAACAGCAAGAUCAAAAUAAGUUUCAAAAAUUAAGCACAGUGAUAUUGAUAUUUGUAUUGAUAUCAAAAUACACUUAGAACAAAAUAAUCUAUAUACAUAAAUAUAUAUGUAUAUAUCACUAUAUAUAUAUAUGUAUAUAUAUAUAUACACGUGUGUAUAUAUAUAUAUAUAAAUAAAAAUAAAAUAUAACAAAAAAACCUAUUGCCCCCACCCAUGUGCGACGGGUGGGGGCCCUAAAUAAGAAUGUGGAGGGGGAGACCUACUGUCCUCCCCCCCAGCUCCCACCCCUGAGCGGCGGAUGGGGGCCCUAAAUAACAAUAAGGGGGGGACCUACUGUCCUCCCCCCACCCCUGAGUGGUGGGUGGGGGCCAUAAAUAAGAAUUAGGGGGAGGAACCUACUGUUCUCCCCCCCUGCCCCCACCCCUGCGCGGCCGGUGGGGGCCCUAAAUAACAAUAAAUUCCAAAGAACUUUCCCAUGCUGUGUAAAAUGACACAGAGCACUCUGAUUGGUUAGCUUGAAAUCCAGCCAAUCAGAGUGCUCUGUGUCAUUUUACACAGCGUGGGAAAGUUCUUUGGAAUUACACCACGCUGUGUAAAAUAACACAGAGCACUCUGAUUGGUGGAUUAAGUAACCAAUCAAAGUGUUAUGAGUCAAAGUACACAGCGUGGGAAAAUUCCAAAGAACUUUCCCACGCUGUGUAAAAUGACACAGAGCACUCUGAUUGGUGGAUUUCAAGCCAACCAAUCAGAGUGCUGUGACAAGUAAAUGUAGAGCCUUCCCCCGCCCUGUAAAGCUCAGUCUGCGUGGAACCCUCCAUGGGUGAAAAUUGAUUUAUUUUUUUUGCACUCCUUUUUUUUUUUUAAGUGCGUUGGUUAUUAUGGAUUUUUAUUUGGCCUUUUUUGGGGCUGAAAAAAGAAUAUUUUAAAAGAAAGAACUUUUUUAACACGUAUUUUGACAAGGGUCCCCCUCAUUAUUUUUACAAUGAGGAGGGUAGGUAGGAGUAAUUUUUUUUGGGGGGAGCGGGGUGACUAGGGUUUUAGGGACCCCUAGUCACCUGGGGGGGAUUUUUAUUUAGGGCCCCCACCCCCCACUCAGGGGUGGGGGCCAGGGGGGAGGACAUUAGGUUCCAUUCCUCCAAUUUUUAUUUAUGGCCCCCCAUCCACCGCUCAGGGGUGGGGGCCAGGGGGGAGGACAUUAGGUUUCCCCCCCCACUUUUUAUUUAUGGCCCCCACCCACCACUCAGGGGUGGGGGCCAGGGAGGAGGACAGUAGGUCUCCUCCCUUAUUGUUAUUUAGGGCCCCCAACUGUUGCACAGGGGCGGGGGCCAGGGGGAGGACAGUAGGUGCGCCCCCCAAAUUCUUAUUUAUGGCCCCCACCUACUGGUCAGGGGUAGGGCCUGGGGGGAGGACAGUAGGUCCCCCCCUUAAUGUUAUUUAGGGUCCCCACCUGCCACACAGGGGUGGGGUCCGGGGGGAGGACAGUAGGUUCCCCCCCUUAUUGUUAUUUAGGCCCCCCACCCACUGCUUAGGGGUGGGGGCCUGGGGGGGUCAAUAAGUCCCCCCUUUAGUUUAAAAGCCCCCACUCUUGCUUCGCGGGUGGGGGCUCAGGAGGGGGGAAUUUUUUUUUAUUUUAACAGUCACUUUUUAAUAGACAUACCACUACUAGCUGGGUCAAAUGCUGCACUGGCCAAUCACAGCCAUGCCAUUAGUAGGCAUGGCGGUGACUGCUUCUAAGGGCACACGAGUCAAACGCUUUCAAAAUGCGUCAUUAAAUCGCUGAACACCGAACUCCAACCGAGCAUACAGUGAUAUGUCCGUGUUCGGGUCCGGGGUCCAAAAAACGUAAUGUUCGGAACGAACCCAAACUUUUCAGUUCGGGUUCACUCAACUCUACUCCUGAGUAAAACAGUACCCCUUAUAUACAUGUUUUAUGGUGUUUUCAAAAGUUACAGAGUCAAAUAUAAGGCUUGUGUUUCAGUUUUUUCACAUUGAAUUUGACUUUGAAAUUUUCCAGAUUGGUUACGUUGCCUUUGAGACUAUAUGGUAUCCCAGGAAUGAGAAUUACCCCCAUAAUGGCAUACCAUUUGCAAAAGUAGACAACCCAAGGUAUUGCAAAUGGGGUAUGUCCAGUCUAUUUUAGUAGCCACUUAGUCAAAAGCACUGGCCAAAAUUGGCGUUCAAAUUAGUUUUUUGCAUUUUUCACACACAAACAAAUAUUAACGCUAACUUUGGCCAGUGUUUGUGACUAAGUGGCUACUAAAAAAGACUAGGUUGCAAUACCUUGGGAUGUCUACUAUUGCAAAUGGUAUGCCAUCAUGGGGGUAAUUCUCAUUCCUGGGCUACCAUAUGGUCUCAAAGGCAAGGUAACCAAUCUGGUGAAUUUCAAUGUGAAAAAAACUGAAAAAUUUAACAUGCUAUAUUUGACCCUGUAACUUCCCAAAACACCAUAAAACCAGUACAUAGGGGGUACUGUUUUACACGUGAGACAUCGCUGAAUACAAAUAUGUGUAUUUUAUUGCAAUAUUAUGAUAUUCAAAGUUAAAAUGUCAUGCAGAACUAAAAAAAUAACAAAAUUUCUUAAUUUCUCAAAUGUACUUUUAUAUUUUAUUCAUAUUAAAUUAUGUUGCAUAGCUAAAUAUUUGAUGUUAAAGAAAAGCCCUGUUUCUCCUGAAUAAAAUUAUAUUUAAUAGGUGUGGGUGACCUUAAUAUAAAAGAGGUGAAUUACGGUUGAACAGACAUAUAGUCAAAUUUCAAGUUUUGUUUACGUUUUAUUUUGAUCAAAACCUGCACGUUUUGCUCAGUUCUUAAGGGGUUAAAUAUAUAUAUAUAUAUUUUUUAAGUUGUCCUAUAUUAGUCGAUCUGUAAAUAAAUGUGUGAUCUGUAGAAACUUAUAAAAUUCUAAUUAGCACUUAAAUCGGUAAGGGAAGGUAGGGCUUGUCUCUAAAAUAACAACCUCACAGAAGUAAUUCCUUUUACAGUACUUAUCGAUAAAUGUAAGUCAGGAAUCCAAUCCUGUAAAGUUUGGAUAGGGUCUACCCUUGCGAUGUCCGACAGGCAAGGAAUAUUUCUCACCAGUUGAUGCCACAUUUGAAGUGCGCUGUCUUGUAGUACAUUACAAUUGUUUAGCUACGACUUUUCUUGUUCUUUUGGGUCAGUAGUGGUGUAUGUCUUGGAGUUUUGGCAUGGAAACCUACUGCGUUUAGUAAGCGUCUUACUGGGCUUACUGAAACCUCAGUGCCUGUUGCCACCAAGUCUUGCUGCAGAAUCUGUUCAUUGCAAACAGCUGAAAGUCCGUACACUUUGACAAUAACCUGAUUUUCAAUAAGGGUUGAAUACUAUUCAUUACAACUGUAUCGGAGGAAUAAGCAACUAUCAGUUCUACAGAAGUUAUUGUGGUUAAUGUCAACUUGUACUUUAAUAGCGGAUUUGUAAAUAAAUUUGUGAUUUGCAGAAAUGUAUAAAAUUCCUGUUUAGUCCGGUCAUAAUUAGCACUUAAAUUUAUAUAGGAUGGCAAGUGUUGUCCCUUAUAGAAAUAAUGCCAUUUUCAGUCCCUAUCAAUAAAUGUAAGUCAGAAAUCCAACCAUGUAAAGUUUGGAUAGGGUCUGCCCUUGAGAUGUCCGACAGGCAAGGAAUAUUUCUCACCAGUUGAUGCCACACUUGAAGUGCGUAUCUUGUAGUACAUUACAAUUGUUUAGCUAAUAUAGGGGAUUUAUCUAGCCACGAACUUAUGUGCUAUGUGUCCAGAGGCUACCACAGCAUCCUCCGUAUCCACCCAUUGUUUUCUAAAUUGACUGAAGCACAACAAAAACAUUUGUAAAAGAAUUGUUGCCUGAUGGCAAUGUACUAGGUGAAGGACACCCAUGCCACCUCUCAACCAAUUACAAUACAAGAUCCCUUUUGCCACUCUUGGUUUUUAUGGCCAUUAAACUAGCGCAGUAAUUUACCUUUCUAAUUUAAUUUUUUUGUCUUAUCUAGAUGUUUACCCGAACCUAUUGAGCAAUGAUGGCUUUUGCUAUCCACAACACCCAUUUAGUCUAGAAAAAUAACAUCAGGCGAGUGAAUUAUGACCUCACUAAUCACAUUUUCUUUUUUAAUUAGGAAUCAUCAAAAUGAUGAAAAACCCCAAAGAACACUUCUAGGGGGGAAAUGCUAUCCUGGAGAGAGCAAUCUACAAAAACUUGCUACUUCCAAAGAUGACAAAUUACUUAAUGUUACUCGAAAAGAGGCCAAAAAAACUCGAGAGGCUGCAACUGCCGCAGUUAAGGCCACGGAGGAAAAAGAAACAAAAAGGGAACAAAAUGCUUCCUGGAGCCACAUAAGGGCUAAGCAAUGGAGCAAGAGCUUGCUUGAUAGCAUAGAUUCAACAAGUAUUUGGAAGCUCAGGUAACUGUUACAUGACACAAGUUAAAAAAUAAUGCAUUUUCCCCUGUGUAGGUGUAUGUGAAACAGUCUUUUGUUUCAAAUAUAACAGAAAGCAAAUCAAAAACAAUAAGUAAAAUGUACAUUAAACCACCUACAUUCUUAAAUGCCUGCUGUAGUGUCACAAUCAUGUCUCCUACUCUAUGUUCUCUGAAAUAUAUUCUGAGAAUAAAUAAACUCAAGAACUCUUUUCUAUCCCCAUUGUACCUUUUAUCUGGACCCAUUUGGGCUUAAUAUCUGACUGUGUUGAUCAUAAGAGGAAGAUUAGGAGGGAGUUAAACUUUAAAAUGUAAAAAAAACUCCCACAAACUUUUUUGUUUUCAAGAAUAUUCAAGAGUUCCCUCCAGGCCUAAUUAGAGACUACUACCUCUGUCUCUCUAACACUCUAGCCCCCAUUCACAAUAUAGUAAUUUAACAUAGCUCUAUGACACCCAGCCCAAGUUGGCUCUUCUCACCUUAAUUGCUGCUGGCUGGCUGCUGCAGCAGCUGGUUGGCUGCUGGCAGGCUGGAUGCUGUAAACCGGCUGGCUAGCUGCUGUGGCCGGUUGGCUGACAGGUCUCUUUCUUCUCCCAGCAGGCAUCUGUUUCUCCUCCAACCCCUUUGUAUGUCUGUUUUUCCCUUCCUCAGCCCCUCUGUGUGUCUCAUUGCCCACCCCCAGUGCCUCUAUGUGCCUCUUUGUCCUCUCAGCCUUCAGUGCAUCUCUUUGUGCCCCCAAGUACCUCUGUGUGUCUCUUUGUCCCCCCCUCAGCCCCUCUGUGUGUCUUUGUUCCCCCCAGUCCUGUUUUAUGUCUUGGUGCCCCUCCCAGCCCCUCUGGGUUUCUGUGCUUCCUCCACCUGUGCCCCUCUUUUGUUGCCCCCCCUCCUGUGCCCUUCUUUUGACACCCUCCGCUCUUGUGCUGCUCUUCCCCCCGCUUCCUCUCUUGUGUUCUUCUUUGGACCUCCCUCCCCCCCUUCUGUGCCCUCUUUUGCUCCACAUCCCAUCCGUGCCGUUUUUGGAUAGGGGCUGUCCUUAAAAUGCCUGACAGACAAGGAAUAUUUCUUGCCAGUUGAUAUAAUAUGCUACAGGUGUUUAGCUAAUAAAGGGGACUUAUCUGCCCACAGCAUAUGUGCUAUGCAUCGAGGGGCUACCACUGCAUCCUCCAUAUCCACCUAUUGUUUUCUAAAUUGACUGAAGCACAAUAAGAGCAUUUAGGAAAGAAUGGUUGCCUGAUGGCAAUGUACUAAGGGAGAGACACCCAUGCCUCCUCUCAAUCUAUUACAAUAUAGGAUCUUUUUUUUCCACUCUAGGUUUUUAUGGCCAUUAAACAGGCACACUAUUUUAAUUUACAAAUUUUAAUUCUUGUCUAGAUUUUUACCCUAACUUCUUUAGCAAUUAUGGCUUUUCCUAUCCCCAACACCCACUUAUUCCAGAAAAAUAACAUCAGGUAAGUAAAUUAUUACUUUACUAAUCACAUUUUCUUUCUUAAUUAGGAAUCAUCAAAAUGAUGAAAAACCCCAAAGACCACAUCUAGGUGGAAAGUGGUAUCCUGGACAGAGUGAUGGGUAUGUACAAAUAGAUCUACAACCUCAUUAUUCUGAUACUUCCAAAGAUGACAAAAUACUCAAUGUUACUCCAACAGAGGCCAAAACAACUCAAGAGCCUGCAACAGCCCUAGUUAAGACUGUGGAGGAAAAUUAA